AUGGCGGGGGAGAAGGUGCGCGUCAAAUGGGUGGUGAACUGUGCAGGGGAGCCUGUGACAUUCACCGAUUCCUUGUUGGAUGCGAACUCAACAAUCGGGGAGAUCAAAAACAUUGUUUUUGCACAAGAAAUCGCGAGAGGGCUCAGCGUGCGCGUGAUCUUCUUGGGUCGGGAGUUGGCGGACAACGACACUCUGGAUUCUAACCUGCGUGUGCCUGCACGGGCAGCUGCCGCCGGCGCCUGCGCGACUUCAUCUCCACCGGAUGCUGACAGUGUCACAUUGGUCACGCUCCAUGCUGUUCUUUCAAACCGUCCACCAAACGCUAGAGGCAGUGGACCGGGUGGCUGCAACAACACUGGUGGGUUGGGAUCUCUGCCUGGCUUUGCCCCUUCAGCUACCAGCGUUGCGGCCGGUGCCGGUGGUGAAGAUGAUCAGGAAAAUGGCGACUGGUCUGUUGUUGUUCUCGGGGUGACAGUGUUUGUCAUCCUUUGCGUUUGCUGGUACCACCGCAUUGCCUUCCCAGACGAUUUCACCCCGUUCUCCUCUCUCUUGCUUGUCCUUUUCACCGCGUUUUUUGCGUUUACCAUCCGUGGCGUCUUCGUCCGCCUUCUGAAGCUUGCCUAUAGAUGUCUGCGUCGUCUGUGGGGGGGCAAUGACACCCCAGCCCAGUCACCUCGGCCAGAUGCCUCUGCACCGGUACUUCAGGGAAAUCCCAACUAA